AUGACUUCCAAUGAUAUUAAUGCUUUUAAGCAGUAUCUCUGGUCACUCUUUCAGUCGUACUCCUACAUCCCAAGCGGAGGUGGAAACGGCGGCCCACCGGCGCGGCGGCUCAGCGAGAGUGGUUACCGCGCCGUCAUUUCGUUGGUUGCAACUACCGACGUUAUGAGUCGCUUUUUUUUGGCAGAGGAUGAGAUCACGCAGCGUGAAUGCCUCAAACGCAUGGAUUCUGAACGCUUUAGAGAAGAAGUGUGGGAAGAGAUGAUUUCUGCGGAAGAAUGGCUCCGGGACUGUGCCGGUGGUGUCACCGAGGACGCUGGAAAGAAGGAAGUGGAAUUGGGGGAACUCGACGUGGCGAUAUCAACGGAUUACGAUUAUCACAUCAUGCGGCCAUCUUUAGGGCACAAAACCAUCGGUUGGAACAUUUUCAUUGCAGUGUUGUUACUGCGCCUCAGCAACUCCCUCCACUUGCGUAUCGAGGACCACAUAUUGCGGGAGUGCCAAGAGGCACUACAUCCCUUGGCGCGGUUGCUGACAGUGCAGGGCUCCCAUGUAGCUUCGAAGGUUGAUGGUUUUGCAUCUUAUUUGUCUCAAGUUGAGAGACGCCCCUGCAUCGACAAAGAACGACCCGCAACAACCGUCAUGCGUUUCGCUUUGGAGGAGCAUGCCAGAGAUCCAGCGCCACGGCGCAGCUCCGCUUCAGGAAGCUUUUUUACAUCUGCUAGAAUUAAGACGAGUCUGCACGAUAAGGCACCUGUGAGUGGUGUCGAAGUGGCUGCAGAAGUGAUGCAGCCGACUUUUGUGUCCCCGUUGGAGCGUCGCAGAAUGCGGAAUAAUGAAGCUCUUGGACGGCUUGAGCAAUUUGCGGGCAGUGUUGGGGGACCAUCAUCGGCCACGGUAGGGGCUGGCAAGGCGGCUCACCGACUGAAACCGCGAUGCGAGCGCAUGGACGUUAAAAACGGCAUUCCGAACGACGAGCACCCACACCAAUCCUCACCCCCACCACGCCCGAAACAUUCGUCUAUGAUGGUUCCCGCCGUUUCUCGUCCAGGUUGUAUUGGGUCAGCGAGAGGCAGGAACGUUCCGAUUGAAGUUAUGAAGCUUCACCAACGGCUCACUCGAGGCAACGAAAAUCGGUUAGAAGAAACUGGCGGUAACGCGUUAUUCAGAGGCUCGAGAGGGAGCAUGACGCGAUCAUCCUUGGAAACGACGCUGGAAGUGUGGAACUCCACUCACAUGAAAGGAAAUAUACCCUCUGCAGACACUGGAUCGGAGGUGUACCAUGCCCGGCAUGACGAGGAGAUCAAUCAAAGCGAUGACGAGCGUUGCCGACCAGCUGCACAGUGUUCAUUUUUAGCCUCAUCUUGCUCGCCGUCGCCGAAUCGAGAGCAGAUACGCGGUGCGAAGAAGAUUUUGGCGCCCCUUGGAACCAAUUUGCAAGUUGGCCCCUCAUGCUCACUGGGAGAAGGGCCAUCUUUGUGCAAGGAGAACAUUCCAGCCGCUGUCAGUGCUCUUGAUGGCACAUUGCGGCAGCGGAAACAAAUUGGCGCUGCAAAGGGAACAAUCGCCUGCGGAGAGCCAACUGGUCCAAAGGAAGCACCCCAACAGAAACCACUUGAAUUACCGUCCUCUCAACGUGGGACGCGGAGGCAGCCUGGGCCACCGCUCUCACCCUCAAAUCGAGCCCUCUCCCGAUCGGCGAGGGGUCAACGUCCUGUACAACCCAUUGUUCCCCGCACGAGAGCACCACCAGUGGACGGUGGGGGUUUCAAAAUAGAAACAGCGACUAAAUGA